GAGCGACCAAAAAACUUUUGCUGAUUGGAGAACUUAAUUGUCCGUGCUUUCCAUCGUAUCUCAAUCCUCAGAAGGACUACAAUCAUUUUACACAUCAAGUACCUAGUUACUCAUAUUUCAGCUUCUUUGAAGAUGCCUACAGAAUCUGAGUGAAUCUAGUAGUAGAACCGCUCAGGCUUUGUGAACAAGAACAUGCAAGUAGUUCUUUACAGUCUAACUCUAAUCUGCUUCUUGAUUGCCGUUAUUUGACUCACGCUACUCGGACUCAUAGUCACACUCGUAGCUUGAUACAACUAGGUCAGACUACACAUUUUACUUUAUAGAAGAAAACAUCAACAUGGCGGAGCAGUACGCGGCUCUGAAUGCCGAGUUUGCUGCCAAGCUCGUGCCAGAGGCUGAGAAAUUCUCGCCUGUGGUCGCAGAGGGAUCCAGACUAUGGGUGCAGGCAAUGAACGCGUGCCAAAAAGUGUGUGCGGACGCAUCCACAAUGCCACAGCCCAAUAAAGUUGACGACGAACUGCAAAAAAUGGUUCAACCCGUGAAGGAUGCGAUUCUAGCAAUCAAAGAAUUAGAGGGGAAGAACAAAUUGGAUGCGUAUCAAAUGAUUCUGAUUUAUCCUCUAUACUCAUUUCAUCUUUGUAAGUUCAUAGCUUUUAAUUCUUGAAUUUCUAGGGUCUACAUGCUUCUACUAACCGAGGUGCUACAAUAAUCACAUGUUGACGCGUUUAUUCUGUGGUUGGAGUCAUCUGACGACUGUGUAUGUCGACCUCGACGACAAGAAAGAACCCAUAUUCUUUUACAUCAAUUUUGAUCUUCCAGAUUCUCACUCACCCUUCUCAUCUAUUACGUUCUAAUCUCGAUCUCCUUGUUCACCUAAAUCAGAUGUAAUCUGCACCUACGAUUUCUGGUAGAGGCCUCUGGCGCGUUAGUGUGGCCCCUUGCGCCGAUUGGAGGGACGACUACGAAUAUGUUCGUAGGGUCUAUGCGAGAGGCAGCCGACAUGUGGGGAACCAAACUCUUCAACUCAGGAAAUGUUAUGAAGAUGUGGAUGAUGAAUCGUCUGUGCAUGUUCAUGUUCUACAUAGAAGAAGGAGGUGGCCCUCAUCUGUAAAAAUUGAAAGAAUAUCUAACGCAAACGCGCCCACGUGGGCCACCUUGCCUGAGUCACCGCCUGGACCCCACUGGUACCACUUUCCGACCACCGCCGCCCCCAUCCUGCGCAGUGUAUCGCCAUCGGUCAAAAGGGAGGCCACAAGAAACACGGCGGAAGAGGUUCCCCCUGUCCUCGCCUUCGGGCGUCUUUCUUCCUCUGGGAAUGCUUCGGGCACGCUUUUCACCUCGCCGCGCGUGGUGGUCCUACUGUUCCGCAAGAUCGACGGACAGCUAGGGGGAAAGCUUAACCGCGGCGCGCCCUCGUAUUGGCAGGUGCUGACUGGACUCCCGCCGGGUGGCAGCCUGGGCCCACUCUUCUGGACAGUCUUUAUAGCACGCCUCCCGGAUCGGUGGCGACGGCGGGUUCGUCGAAUGAAGUAGCAGCCGCGCCAUCAGGCUGCGGGAACGAAAUUGAUAGGACCGCAGACGCCUCGAGGCCAAACGCGUGGGGCCCCUUUGAGUGCCUUCGCGUAGAUAUGCCUCGGCAUCUCGACUCCGCGAGGCAUUGGCAACCACGUCCCGGAAAAGUUUCUGAACCUGUCCGCUACAUCUGGGCGAGCUCCUCUGAAACAGGGGGCGUGACGUGGCCGCGCUCGCGGAGAUCUUCCGGGGCCCGGGGGAGGUCUGCCGCUAACCGUUGCAACAAUACCGAGGAGUCCCCUACUCCACCCGCCUGGGGGGAGGAGCUUAACAGUCGCCGAGUGUGGCCCCCGCAUUGUGAUGUCUUGCGCCCUUUUCUGGGUUGCUCCGUACUCUCUCAGGCCACUCUGGUUUGUACUAUUUGGGUCCCGCGUGCGGCUCUCGGGGUUCGCUGCACGUCGGGUCCCCGCCCGGCUUGCUAUGAUAACGAACUUCGACUACUCUCUUACAUAAAAGUAGACACCUACCUAGGACCACAUCUUUUAGUGAAUCAUCUUUGUUUGAAGUUGAGCUCAGUAAUCCUCAUUCAUAUCCCCAGAGUGGAAGCCAUGGCGAUUAGCAGCAAUGAAUUACAUGAAGGAACUCGUAGUUCUCUGCAAAGACGUCUAUCCCAACGGCGUGAUAUGGAAGGACUCAAAGGCAGCGCCAGGUAUAAUCUAAUCCUGUCUUGUGAAGUAACUCUAGUAAUUUUAGGUAACUCUAGUGGAGUAAAUAAGAGUAGACUCUUUUUUGUCAAAGAUGUUUUCCAAGCGAGGCGCCCCUCCUUCGGGCAACAGUCCGAACAAGCGCAGCGCCGCAGGGUCAUCAAGCAGCGCCAAAGGCCAAGCAUUGCCCACUGAUAAGGCGCAGCAGAUGCAACGCCAAAGGAACACGCAAAGGCCCACGGCUCUCAUGGCGCGCACUGAGGAACCACCAGCAGCGUCCCAAGUAGGAGGCACAAGCACGACAACAGCGGCGCGCGCUGGGGUCUGGCAGAUGCUGCAGCUUCGAAGUGAAUCGCGUGCGCCGUGGGAAACAGCGAGCGCAGUUUGCGCGGUGGGCGUUUGCUCCUUGUCGGAUGCAGCGUGCACAGCCCCAGCACAGACCACGGCGAGGCACUGCGACCCGGGAAGCAUGCCCAGCGCGGGCCCCGUCGGGGCCAUUCUCUUGCUGGGUGGUAGUCCGUCGUGGGUGGCGCAUCGCUUGCGGGGGCGCUUUGCGUGCUGUAUUGCCGCCGGCUCUCAUGGUGUGCGCCUCUGGCGAGUUCGGGGAGAGACACCGGGGGGCUUUAGGGGGUGCCCCUCUCUGUUGCUGAUUCGCACGGCUGUCGCAGGCAUGGGCCCGAAGUGUGCAACAAGCUGGCCCCGCGAGAUAUCUGGAAAGCUUCGACCGCUUCCGAAGCCUUCGCGUGCGAGACUGGACGCCUUGAGUCUUUCCCUUGCUUUUUGUGACUUGCUCGAGAUGAUGGCUAUAAUCCCUGCGCCAGGAUAAAGCUCGAGCCGUGGCCGUUUCGCGCAUGAGACGCCGGCCGGAGGAGACGGCCCCGGCGUGCCGUUCAUUGUGGCAGCGCUUUCCUGCUGAUGGUGCUGAGUGUCCCGGAUGGUGGGCACAGGCCUCGGAGGUUGCUGCAAAGACCUGCAGCGCAGCGAAUGGGUGGGGAUCGCCUCAAGCCUCCCGGGCGUCAUGUGUCUGCUGGACUCGCGACCUGAAUGAAGCUGCCAAGAUGGUGAGUGAUGUGAACAGCCACGGUCUGCUGGUCGUCGCCAAUUGCUUCCACCGCCAUGGCAACGAGAACCACAACUACUACAGCGGUCAGGCUGCCAAAAGUGGCUCUCAGCAGAACCGCGCACUUACUGAUCUUUGAGCCAGCACAUUUUUUGACGUGUUACUUUCCCUCGCAUUGUAAUUUCAACGAGAUUGCCGGAAGCCGUCGCGAGGUGUUCGUUGACUUCUGUCAGUCCCGCGGUCGUGGUCAUGAUUCCCGGGCGUUAUGUGUUGGAUUCGCGACCACUUCGGCGCAGCGGCGCCGGUACCCAUCGGGAACGCGGUGGGGGGAAUCGUCGGGCUCGCAUACGCGGCGGCACAGGAUUGCCAAAACCUGCCGGCCCUGCAGUGGAUGCGUGGGGCUUUCCAGUCUAGGCCAUCGCGUUCCUUUUGGCUCGUUUUUCACAAGGAGAGGGGGAACCGGAAAACUCGCAACAACAGCCACCACCACAGCAGCAAGGCGACGCGAAUGGCGCAGGGGUGCCCGCUUAUCUCACUAACUUCGUCGGCUUGAUGGCGGGCGGUGUUGCCAGUGUGUUCAGCUUUGCCCUGCCUAACGAUGAACCCGGAAAAGGGCGCGGGGGGCCUCUUGUUGUUCAAGGCCCUGCGCCGCGUUCCGCUAAAGAUGCGGCUGCCUUUCUGCGCCGCCUGCGCUUGGCGUGGUUCGAAGAGGAAGGGCGCGGGGCUGACGAUUUCUGGAGAAAGGCCGCGAAGGCCCUCAGCUAUCGUCCUAUGUCUCGGAGGGCUAGGCUUCUGGUGAAAAUUGGCGGCAAGACGAGACGAAACCGGAGCGCGGCUCUCUUGCUGCUUGUUUUCCCUCGCGGUCCCUGUGCGGUUCGCGAAAAAUUUGCGGGCCAACUUCGAAACAGGGACAAAGCGGCGGCUGUGGCUCCUGGCUUUCCUUGCCCUUUUGGGUAAGCUCAUCGAUGUCGUCGCCCUCUCUGCUACCUCCGACCGUCUUCGCUCUUCUCCGAACACCGGAAAAGCCUCCCAGUCAAAACUUAGCUCCUCGCUGAGUUUAGAAGGAGUAGGGAGCUAAGUAAGAUGUCCACUACCGUCCAAGCAUUCGAGCAUUAUAUCACUAGGCAGCUCUACCUGCUUUGGUAGUCUCUGAUAGUGCUACUAUGUCUAUACUAAUGAUCUUCAUGUAUUUUGAUGCACCUUGGAAAUCUUUAAUGCUAAAAGAUUAACAUUCAGAUCCUACAUCAACAGUGAUGAUGUAACUGGGGAGGUGAUCCUCCAGAAUUCAGCACACCUUUACCCAGGUCAUCAGGGAUUGCUUGGCGGCAUCAGCGAAGGUGCAACAGCAGGCUUGCGCAAAGUGCAGGAUAGUGAGAAAACGAAGAACCGAGAUCCUGCGACAACGGUAAUGUAGUAGAUAUUUCCCGAUCAAUAUGUAUUGCUGAUUCUUCUCUUUCUCAACUAAUCAUGCUUCGUGCCUCUCUCUCUUUUUUUCUGAAGACUGCCAGCUGUGUCCGCGUUCAAUGAAGAAAUAGACCUCGACGAUUUCACUUGAUUACCCCUCUUAACUAAUGAAAAAAUAGACCUCGACGGUCCCUUCUGCUGGUGGAGCCGGUGCUGGCGGAGUGACUAGGAAGUCAUGGGCAGACAAGGCGAAGAAAAUCGGUGAGCCUAAGGGCGCACCCAAAAAGGUCCUAGAACGAGACGUGAACUGGAUAGUAGAGAACUAUGAUCCUAAUAAUGAGCCUAGCCGCGCUGUCAAGUUGGGCGACGAAUGCACACUAAAGCACAACGUGUACAUCUCCAACUCAAACAACAUUAUGACUGAAGGACUAUAGCUCGCAUAACGAAGUAUAACAAUUCCGAGGCAGUGUUCUUUUGAUAGCUUGCAUUUGAGUGCUUACUAAUAAAAAAUUACUAAUUUUUUAGCUUGACAUCCUUACUUAUGAGCCAACUCCUCGCGUAAGAAGCCGAACCCUAAUAUGCUCCCGUUCAUUAUUAGUCUAAAGUAAGUCUGCACUUCACUUUGUGCGAAAAGUACGCAGGUAGGUUCUGAUUUAUCGGAACUCGCUCGCACUACAAAAAAAAAAGCGAGAUUAAUUGUAUUGUAUUGUAUUGUGUUGUAUUGUAUUGUAAUGUAUUGUAAUGUUUUAGCUUAGUGUGUGUUCAUAUCCGUCACGUUUUCGAUCGACAGCAAGGCGAAGGCCGUUUUUGUCGACAACUGCGAUAAAAUAUGCGUCGUUCUCUCGGACGUCCUCAGCUCAGUGGAGGUGGUGAAUUCCACCAAACUGAUCAUCCAUUGCCGUGGAUCGCUGCACACUUUACAGGUACAGAGUUCUUUAUAGUAGAGUUUAUAGUAGUUCUUUGCAUAUUAGUACAGAGUUCUUUCGGAGUUCUUUGCAGAGUUUAUAGUAGUUCUUUGCAUACAAAUACAUUCUCACUCCAUAGAAUAGUAGUUCUUUGCAUAUUACAUUCUAACCUAAACCCCUAAAUUCCUAACAACCCUCAACCCACCACAUCCAGCUCGACAAAGUGGAUGGGUGUGAUAUCUACUCUCACGGCCCGAAGAGUGAGGGCGUGAAGAUAGUCCACGCUGUCUCCCAGAAUCUGAAUUUCAACGCAAAUUUGGGUACACCCGAGGAUUAAGGCCCUAUAGUACUAGGCCUAAGAGGCUAUCUCUUCCAAUUCUUCUCAAAAAGGAUGUUGGAGGAGGGUUAGCAGGAUUCAACAAAGGAUCAUGUUGGACGCUAGUUUAGGAACGACGUAAUAUAAAUGGUGGUGGAUGGUAGACGGUCUCAGUAUUCUACCCCAGCACGAAUGGGUACAUCGACAUUGUUACUCCUACUCCUACUACUACUUGCAGUGCACAAUUUGCACGUGCUUGCUUAUGCAGUUCUAAGUUUUCGUGGAUUUCAAGGAGAUGCCGGUGCCCACUCAGUUUGUGUGCACUUUUGACGGAAAAAAACUGAAAACGGAUGUCUCGGAUAUCUACUCAGGUUGA